UUUCGAACCACUCUGAAGAACGCCGGGCUCAAUUGUCGUAAGUGGUUCAAUAAUAAGUUUAUCAUGCAAAUCGACAAGCUCGCAGCAUAUCAUCGAAUCCCAGAUACACUUGCCCGAGCAGCUCACAGAAAAGCAACACGGCAUCUCUUUUCCAGCAUCAAGGUCGAGUACGUUGAUGCCUACAAACCUCGGCCGAGCCUUGUGUCGCUUACCGGGAAGAAAGUCGAUUGCCAUGUUCAUGCGGAAGUUCAAUUGGUCAUACACUAUCUACAGCCAGUAACGACGUUGCCACCCCGGUACAUCGGUACCAGCAAAGGGGCGUGCUUUCUGUGCCAUCUUCUUAUCGUCGAACAUAGUCGUUUCGCUGUAUCGACUUGGCAUGGACGUUUAUUCGACCAGUGGACUAUCCCUGACCUAGCGGAGUAUACGCCAGAAAAUGUUGCUACUCUCAGGGCCAUCAUACAGCGCAUGCAUGACAAGUCUUCACGGCUUCUGACAGUACCACAUCCAAAGCGCCCCCACCCUCUCACGAGC